AUGGCGGGGCAUGAACAGCCGCUGCAGUAUCCUUACCCCUUUACCCACCCUCCUCGCUCUCUUCCGGGGCCCCCCCCAGGGCGUCAGCGCGACGUAGAUGAGCCUGCGAAGCAUAAGCAAGAACCUCAUUUAUUAGAGUGGCUUCUAAGAGCAAAGGCAGAGUUAAGGGCCCUCCCUGUUGCUGCAGAGACAGGUGGAGGGGGGCCCCUGUGUGGGGGGGGGCCCCCCCCUAUUCAGGAAGAUGAUGAGCACAUCGACAGGGCCCGCCAAGGGGCUUCAAAAGAGUAUGAGGAGAGCCGCCCAAGUAAACCCCAGAGGGGCCCCCCUUCUGUGUCUCUCGCUUCAGUAAGAGAUGCUCUUAAUGCUCCUUUACCUGGAUAUAGAGAAGCAGCAGCAGCAAGCCCCGCUACAAUGAAUGCCCGAGGGAGACAGGGGCCCCUAGAGGAAGCUGCGGUUGUCUCUUCUUCUGAGGAGAUGGGGGCCCCCUGUGAAGAAGGCUCUUUGUAUAUUAAAGGGUCUUCAGUGCAGCAGCACGUGCGCGGUGUACAGGCACCUCAGGAGACGCAGCAGCAGGAGACAGAGUGGGGAGAGACAAGAAGCAGCAGCCCUAGCUUCAGCUGGUCUGACAGCGAAGAAGAAGGGGCCCCUGUCUUGCUGUCUGCACAAAGCAGCGGCUUGUUAGGCGGCAGCAUAUAUCUUGAGCGAGAAUCUUCACAGGAACAAGUACACCUAAUGGGGGGCCCCCCAGCCCCAGAGGGGCCCCAGAGACAACUGGGGGAGGAGGGCCUGAAGGCAGACAGAGACUCAGCGGCGCUUCUUGCUGCUGCUCCUGCUGCUGCACCUGCUGAUUCUAAUGCUGCUGCUGUUGCUGCUGCGGAGGCUUCGGCUGCUGCGGUUGCUGCUGCGCUUCGUGUACCAGCAGCAGAGACAGGAGGCUGUCGCUACCUGUCUUCGGGGGGCCCCCUAGAGACGGCUGAGGCCCUUCAUUCCCCACGGGGGGGCCCCUCUAUUCCUGAGGGGCCCCCUGAAGAGAAAGAGAAGGGCCUGUGGGGGCCCUGCCGAGAGGCGAGUGAUUGCCUGCCGGCUGCUGGGGAUCGAUCGAUCCCAGCCUCGCCCCACGGGUGUGGGGCCCUCGCCCCACAGUUUUCUCCUGUCGCAUACCAAGUGUCUCCGAGGGGCCCCCAGGGGGCCCCCAAGGGGCCCCCUCUGAAGACUGCUGAUCUCCUGCUAUCGCCAGGGCCCCAGGGGAGACCCUACAGACCAGCUAACAGCAAACUUAGAAGACAACGAAGCUCUGUUGUGGAGCAGGCGCUGCAGCAGGAGGGACAGCAGCAAGAGCAGCAGCAGCAAGAGCAGCAGCAGCAGAAGCACCAGCAACUUCAACAGCAGCUCAGAUACAGCUGGCCCAGGGACAACAGCAACGCAACCGAAGAGGCAGCAGAGGAGACUGCAAGCCCGUGGGGGGCCCUUGUAAGAGAGAGCCCCCCAAGGAGCAUCUCAGGAGCAGCAGCAGCAGCAGCACUAGCUCCACCAGACGCUAGUGCUGCUGCUGCUACUGCUGCAGCGUCGUCUGCUGUAUCACCAGCAGAGUCUUUUGCUACAAGGGUCAGACGGGCUGCGCUUCAGCAGCAGAAGCAGAAGCAGCAGCAGCAGGAGCUGGAGCAACAGCGACUGCUUCAACAGCAUCAACAAGGAAUGCAGCAGGACCUGCAGAUACAGCUGAGACACCAGCAGCAGCAGGACCUGCAACAGCAGCAACUGCAGCAGCAUCAUCUGGCACUGCAACAUCAGCAGCAGCAAGAAGGGCAGAGAUUUAUUCAGCCUCUCGCGCCUCCCGCACCAGUGUAUGUACAGGGCCCGCAGGAUCUCCACCAGCAGCAGCAGCAGCAACAGCAGCAGCAGCAGCAGCAGCAGCUCCUCUUUUUACAGACCCAGCGAAGGCAACUUCAGACAGUAGUUACCCCGCACCCGGAAACAGCAUCGCAAUUAUCGCAGCAGCAGCAGCAGCUUUUGCUGCUGCAGCAGCAACAGCAGCAGCAGGACUGGUCUGUGUGGGUACAGUCGCCUGCCUGCAUGCAACAGCAGCUGCAGCAGCAGCUGCUGCUGCGGGGGCCUCCCCCCGUAGCAGCAACGCAGGAGCGCCCAGAGGAGAUGAUACUGUAUCCCUUCUUGCCUCCAGCGAGGUCCCGAGUGAAGCAGCGUCCUUGCUCUUUAGGCAAUUGGAUGGGCCCUGGCUGUUAA